ACUCGACUCGAGACUCAAUUGAAAAAAGUCCCUAACUAGCAUAAACAUGGCCUCCCGAGGCAGUCUCGGUGUUCUGAGAGUUUUAGCCAAAUUAGAAGCGUCUGUCAACUCCGGAAACUAUUAUGAAGCACAUCAGAUGUACAGGACUUUGCACUUUAGGUACCUUGGACAAAGAAAGUAUUCGGAAUUACUGGAAUUACUGUACAAUGGAUCAACGUUACUCCUACAACAUGAUCAGCAAGCAAGUGGCGCUGAUCUUGGUACAUUAUUUGUCGAUGCUCUAGUCAAGUCAGAAACUGAGCCAUCCCAAGUAUAUUUCGAAAAACUGACGAAUUUAUUCAGCUUGAUGAACCCUACAGCACCAGAAAGGGAAACGUUUCUUUUAGAAGCGCUAAGGUGGAGCUUAAAGGGGUCCGAUUAUAAAACAGGUCACCCUGAUUUUCAUCAGCGAAUAGCACAAGUAUUCUGGAAAGAGAAAAACUACAUAAUGGCCAGGCAACACUUUUUAUAUAGUAGUGAUGGAUCUGGUUGUGCUGCGAUGCUUGUUGAACUUCACGAAGAGCGUGGAUACUCGAGUGAAAUAGAUCUUUUCAUUGUGCAAGCCGUCUUACAGUACUUAUGUUUGAGAAAUAAAACCACAGCAGAAGAAGCGUUUCAUUCAUAUACUUUGAAACACCCAAAAAUAAAUAGUGGUCCACCGUACUUUCUGCCGUUGUUGAAUUUUUUAUUCUUCUUACUGAAAACCAUUGAAACUGGUAAGCUGGCCGCUUUCACAGUUUUGUGUGAGCAGUACCAGUUAAGCCUGAACAGAGACCCGCUCUAUAGACAAUACUUGGAUAAAAUAGGUCAAGUGUUCUUUAAUGUAUCACCGCCACGGGCACCCAGUCAAGGAUUAUUUGGUUCACUGUUACAAUCGUUUUUCAACGGUCUGGAAGAAGAAGAUUCAGACGAUGAUCAGCGAAAUGCUCCUACGACAUCGCACGUGGCACAAGAAUUAGACUAAUUGGAAAGGGAAUGUUUUUAAGCUUUGUAUGAGAUGAAUUAAGAGAGCUUACAGAGAUUUGAGAUGCCAUAAGGGUCUGCGGAAGUGGGUAUUCAUACAUAUACAUAUUAAAUCUAGCGUUAUGUAGCAGUUUAUUGUUCUCAUUUUUAGCAUUCUUCAUCCAUUCAAAUACUUAUAUAUAUUAGGGUGGUCCUUGUUUGGAAGUCGAUAAAAGUUUUGCUGCAACGCUCCGCAGACCUGUUCACAAUCAUUUUAAAAAAAUCUGUAAAUUUUCAAGCCACUGCAACUAAAACAACUUGAAAAUUAAGAAAGGAUACGUUUUUUUUACCUGAAUGGGAAAACCCAAACUCGCAGAGGCACGUGUAUCAGUAAUGUAACGGCUUGAAACUACACAAAUUUUUUAUAUGAUUUGGAACAGGUCUGGGGGGCAUUGCAAUGAAAAUAUUUCAGACCCCCAAAUAAGAACCCACUCUAAGAUAUAUAAAUAUAUAAUAAUAUACAUAGGUACAUAUUGAUGAACAUUCGAAGGGUUGUAAAAUGCCUACAUUUAGAGAUUUAUUUAUAUCUGAAUAUGCAUUCUUACGUAUUCAUCAUUGUACCUAUAUGGAUUAUAGAAGCAGUGUACAGAAUUUUAUUUAUUUUUGCGUAAAUUUCAAUUCUUCAAAAUAAUAAUAUAUAUAAAAAACAUAAAUUCAUGGUCGAUGCCCAUUCAGUUUGUAUGACUUUAUUUUACUUUAUUUUUCACCGUUUACGUUUCUAAUAACCUAUUGACAAACAUGUGAGAUUUUUAGGUUUUUUUUUAUACUAAACCGUGUGCUAACAAAUUAGCUUAUAAAUACGCGAAACUAAGCGAUUUAAAAUGAGAUAGUUAUUCUAAAACUCGAUAUUCCACAUUCAGGAGGCAAAGCAUAUAAUAUCUAAUGUGCCCUUUUUGAAAUCUGGCUCUAAAGAAAACUUAUAGUAAUAACCGUGUACAUUUUGGAAGUGAUACGAAUCGGUUUAAAGUGUUAUUUUGUAUACUCUAAAUAAUGUGAGAAAUAAAAGGAAAAAAUAUUUAGCAUAAUAAUUUUUUCUUAAAAAUAUAAACUGCACUAAUACCACAUGCGAUUAGUUAAAGUGAAGACACGUAACAAAACUGAAUAAUAUUCAUCUAUUAACGAAUAAUGUAAAGAAACGUCAAAAUCAAAGUACAAGGCUAGUUCACACAUCCGACGUCAGAAUAUUGACUAUUUUAGACAUUGUAUAUUAUUAUCAAUUUUAGUAAGCUGUAAGAUGUCAGACUAUGAGUCAACUUAAAUAAUGUACAAAAGUAAUAAUUAUUGCAGUACAUACCUUUCAAUGGCAAAUUUUUUUCAUCUCGCCUCUUAUUCAAUAUAGCAUGUAAUUUUAUGAAUACUUGACUGGUAUUGUGUAUAUAGAUUUUUAUUAGUGCGAACAAGGUCCACUUUACUUGUUCGACUUUUUCGAUUUACUUCCAAUCUUUUACUUCAUGAAAAUAAUUAGUCUUUUUUCUGAUCUAUCGAUUGCUGAUGCUGUUUCUGUCAUAUGAUAGGAUUUAAAAUUAUAUUAAUUUACGCAUUGAAAUGAAUCCGAUAUUUACGAGUUUGUAUUAACUUCUGGUUUAUCGAAAUAUUAACAAUUUUAGGGCGCAGUAGAAAAAUGCUUAAAAAAGCAUCUAUGUAAUUUGUAAAACAAAUUUUAGAUAACACAUCGUUUGAGCAAUCAAUGUACAGGCUGAGAAUCUUUCCAAAGUAAGUUAAAACAGUGUUAAGAGAUACGAGCAAAUAUAUUUUACAGUAGUAUAGCGUGUAGCAAAAGCUCAAUUACGCAACAGUUAAUAUUUAGUAUGAAAUACUAUAAUGCUUUAUUACGUGAAUUAAAAUUAAUCUCCGACAGUGGCAUAAUAAUCUAUUUAAUUGAGGAAAAACAAAUUCUAGAUCCUUAACAUAUUGAAAAUAAAAAUACAAAAUGAUAAUCCACUAUCUUUUCACAUACAGAAUUCGUUAUUAACCUUAAAAAACUGUAAAAUACUAACAGGUGGUUUUUAUUUGUGUAUUUUAUUUUUCAGUAUAAAAAAUAUAAACAUGAGACUUUUAUCGAGGAUUUUUAGCUCGGAUAUUAAAUACUUUUUAUCUCGUAAGCCAUUUACAUGCAAUUUCAAUAAAAACAAUUCCUUCUUCGCAAUUCUUUACAAUUUUAAUGCAUACAUAAGUUUUAACUAUAAAAUAUUAACUCUUAAAUGUUAUUCCAAAAA